AUGGCAGUUCAAGGGUCUAGUUUUGUUAGCUUAUUAAUUUUAGCAAACUUCUUGUCUGUGAAUGUACUUUCAGCUGGAAGUACUGCACCAAGCAAUAUAACAAAUGCACUAAAACGGAGCAGUUUCCCACCGCGGUUCAUAUUUGGAGCAGCUUCCUCGGCAUAUCAGUAUGAGGGAGCAGCAUUUGAGGAUGGAAAAGGCCCUAGUAUUUGGGAUACCUACACCCACAAAUAUCCAGAAAAAAUACUGGAUCGCAGCAAUGGGGACUUGGCUGAUGAUUUUUAUCAUCGUUACAAGGAAGAUGUCCGACUAAUGAAAUUCAUAGGUUUGAAUGGAUUCAGAUUCUCCAUCUCAUGGGCAAGAGUUUUACCUCAUGGUAAGCUCAGUAAAGGAGUGAAUAAAGCAGGCAUAGCCUUCUACAACAAUCUUAUCAACGAUCUACUAUCAAAAGGUAUACAGCCUUUUGUGACACUAUUUCAUUGGGAUGUUCCUCAAGUGCUAGAAGAUGAAUAUGGUGGCUUUUUAAGCCCUCAUAUUGUGAAAGAUUUUCGAGAUUUUGCAGAGCUUUGUUUUAAAGAAUUUGGAGAUAGAGUGAAGCAUUGGAGCACCUUCAACGAGCCAUGGUCUUUUGCCACUGGUGGAUAUGACUCUAGCACCAUAAUAGGCACUCUUGCACCAGGGAGGUGUUCAGCAUGGAUGAACAAAGGAUGCCCAGCUGGGAAUUCUGCAGUUGAGCCUUAUUUGGUUGGCCAUCACAUUCUGCUUAGCCAUGCAGUUGUUGUUAAAUUGUACAGGGACAAGUACAAGGCAUCUCACAAGGGUCAGAUUGGGAUAGUGCUUGUGACUAAUUGGAUGAUGCCUUUCUCCAAUCUGUCGGCCGAUGUUAAUGCUGCCCAACGAACCCUUGACUUUUUCUAUGGAUGGUUUCUGGAUCCCUUAACCUAUGGAGAUUAUCCAAAAAUCAUGCGUAGCAUCAUUGGAGCGCGGUUACCAAAAUUCUCUCCUCAAGAAAAACUUUUGCUAAAAGGCUCCAUAGAUUUCCUUGGAGUAAAUUACUACACUUCAAGUUAUGUCUCUAAUAUUCAUGCUGCUAACAGUGUCAAUAUUAGCUAUUCCACUGACCUUAGCGUUAAUCUCACAAGUGAACGAAAUGGAAAACUAAUUGGAGCACCGACAGGAGUAAGUAUCUUUUACGAUUAUCCAGAAGGGCUUACAGAUCUCCUUGUCUACACAAAGAAAAAGUACAACAAUCCCGUCAUCUAUAUCACUGAAAAUGGAAUUGGAGAUGCCAAUAUCCAUACUGUAAAGGAAGGAGUGAAUGAUCCACAAAGGAUACGCUUUUACCGUGGCCAUCUUUCAGCAGUGAAGGCGGCCAUCAAGGCAGGUGUUAGAGUCAAAGGUUUUUUUGCAUGGACGUUCAUAGACACAUUUGAAUGGGGCUCAGGUUACACCUUGAGAUUUGGCAUUAACUAUGUUGACUUUAAAAAUGGACUUAAAAGGUACCCCAAGCGUUCAGCACUAUGGUUGAAAGGAUUCCUCAAGUAA